AUGUCUCAACCGAAUCUCUGGCUUGCGCUUCUUACUUGCGCUGAAAUAAUCGCUAUCGCACUGGGAUCUCUCAUCCCUCACGAUGCUCGCGAACUAUCAAGCGUCAGCAAGAGAGCUUCCUCAACUGUUUCUCAGCCAUUGAUUUGGGAAGACCUUGCUGAUAUCGAAAUCAUUCGCGUCGGUGAUACCUUCUACUACAGUGCCAGCACUAUGGCAUAUUCACCUGGUGCCCCAAUCCUGAAGUCUACAGACUUGCAAAACUGGGAAUACAUUGGCCACUCGGUUCCAAGCCUUGACUUUGGCUCAGCCUAUAACAUGACUGAUGGCGACACCGCAUAUGUCAAAGGAAUUUGGGCAAGCAGCCUCAAAUAUCGCCCGAGCAACGGCCAAUGGUAUUGGAUUGGCUGUAUUGAGUUUGCCAAUACAUACGUCUACACUGCUAGUAGUCCCAGUGGCCCUUGGUCACGGCAUGCCGCUUUCGAGGGGACCUGCUACUACGACUGUGGACUGGUUUUCGACGAAGACGAUAUACCGCAUGUUGCGUAUGGGUCCACAACUAUCCAAGUUGCCACACUAUCAUCCGACCUGACCAGCCAAGUUUCGAACACCGACGUAUUCACCUACGACGAGUAUGUUGAAGGCUCCCGCUUUUAUUACAUCAAUGGCUCCUACUAUAUUCUCAACGUCGCACCCGGUACAGCCAUCGAAUAUGUCAUCAAAUCCUCAUCUCCGACUGCAGGAUACACUGGUGGGAAUGUUGUUUCAAACGCACCUUCAUGCCCAGUCGCGAAUGGCGGAGCCCCUCACCAGGGAGGGAUCGUCGAUGACCCUCAAGGAAAUUGGUACUAUAUGGGAUUUUGCGACGCAUACCCCGGUGGUAGAAUCCCGGUACUUGCUUCUAUCACUUUUGAUGACAAUGACUUUCCAGUAUUAUCAGAUGUCAAUUCUUGGCCAUCUACUGUGGAAGUGCCCCUUGCUCAAAAUGUACUAUCUUCGCCAACAGGUACAGACAGAUUUUCUGGAACUUGCUUGGGACCUCAAUGGGAAUGGAAUCACAAUCCUGAUGUGACUGCCUUUGACGUCAAUGACGGAUUGAAACUGCGGACUGCAACUGUCACAGACAGCCUCUACCAAGCACGGAAUACUCUCACUCACCGUAUCCUCGGUCCUGUGAGUGUCGCCACUAUUGAGAUCAAUUUCUCCGAUAUGAUAUCCGGAGACCGGGCAGGAUUGGCGAUGUUCCGCGAUGUAUCCGGUUGGAUCGGUAUAGUGAAGACCGAUGAAAGUGCACAGAUCUCUGUCUGGAAAAACAUCACUAUGAAUACGGAUUGGACUACAAACUCAAUUGGUGCCUUAGAGACUUCGACGGAUAUCUCCGAGACUUCAGUGUUCUUACGAGCCUCGGCGGAUAUUCGACCAGGAGGCGAUGCAACCGCACAAUUUAGCUAUUCUACAGAUGGCUCCAGUUUCACCGAUUUUGGAACUACAUUUGCCAUGAACACGACCUGGGAAUUUUUCAUGGGCUAUCGAUUUGGCAUUUUUAACUUCGCAACUGAAUCACUUGGGGGAUCAGUCGACAUCAAGAGUUUUGAUCUGGCUCUUGGUGCUUAA